AUGAGCAGCGGGCUGGUGCUGCCCCCGCUCCCCGAGGAACCCUCGGCUUUUACCCCUCUGAAACCCGUCGCCAUCGGGGAGCCCGGAGAAGACACCCCGGUCUUCGAGGACAUCAAACCCCCCGCCCGGCCCCUGGAGAACCCCCCCGACCUGGUGCAGCUGCACCCAAUGAGGAUGGAACAGAGGAUGCCACCGCUCAUUCUUGAGGCCCGGUCCGAAAUGGAUAAAUACCUUUCAAACGAGGUGCCCCCCAUCCCCAUGCUGGCAGACAAGAAGUACCGCCGGGAGAGUGCCUCUGUGGUGGAUGAGUUCUUCUCCACGGAGAAGCCCACGUCCACCCCGUACAGCGUCAACAUCAACGUCAUCCUGCCCGACACCACCCACCUGCGCACGGGACUCUUCCGACCACCCAAGCCUCUGCCACCCUUCCCUCACAUCAAAACAGAGCCCGGCACCAGCUUCUCCCAGCCCUGCUCCUCCGCCUCCACCCAGACCCUGCCCGACUUCACCAGUGUCUUCAGCAUGCCCCAGUCCGUGGCGGUCAACAACAUCUUCAUCAAGCAGGAGAUGCCUCCCGAGGUCCCCCAGCAGUCCCAGCUCUACCAGUUGCCCCUUGGCAACGGAAGCUCUGACAUCACCACGCUCACCCCUCCCGGGCAGCACACGGCCAUCAGCAGCCUUGCUGGUGUCACCAUGUCCACGGGCGGCACCGUGUCCGGCGUGGGCCACCGAGCAGUCCCCCCGGGGGGUCCGGUCAAGCAGUUCCCCCACGUCUCCCAGGGACAGGGAAGCUUCAGCAUCUCCGGGCAGUUCUACUCUGCCCCGGGGGUCACCCUGCCCCCCUCGCCCCCAAACUCACAGCCUGGCAGCCCCGAGAACCAACCCGAGCUCAUCAACACCAUCUCUCCCCCGCCGUCCUACGAAGCCACUUUUGGACUGAAGUUGGUUCAGUCAGCCCAGGCCCCCCCGGUCCCCAAUGGCCUGGGGACCCUCUCCCAAGGUCAUGUUGUCAUGCAGCCCCCCAAGUACAACAGGCGCAACAACCCCGAGCUGGAGAAGAGGAGAAUCCAUCACUGUGACUACCCAGGUUGCUCAAAAGUUUAUACCAAGAGCUCCCACCUGAAGGCACAUCAGAGGACUCACACAGGUGAGAAACCCUACAAAUGCACGUGGGAAGGCUGCGACUGGCGCUUCGCCCGCUCCGACGAGCUGACCCGGCACUACCGAAAGCACACGGGGGCCAAACCCUUCAAAUGUGUGGCCUGUGGCCGCUGCUUCUCCCGUUCUGACCACCUGGCUCUCCACAUGAAGAGGCACCAGAACUAGGGAGCCUCCCAACCUCCUUCACCACUUCUCCAAGAGCAGCUG